AUGGAGCCUCUUGGUGGCGCAACAACUGUGAUAGCUGUGAUUCAAGUUGCUGCUCAGGUGGUGAAGCUGUGUGGUGGCUAUAUCGGUGAAGUCAAAGCCGCUGCCGAUGAGAUUGAGCGUUUCAAAUCCAAGGCCUCAAUACUACACGAUGUGCUCAUCAAGCUCAAGGAGUGCCCUGCGACAGCGAAUCACCAAGCGGUAAUCAAGGACUGUCUUACAGAACUCGAAAGCAUUAAGCAAUCGCUGCAGCCCUCGACAGCCCACAAGCGGAUGAAGAGAUUUGGCAUUCGCGCGCUGAAGUGGCCAUUCUCGAAGAAAGAAGCAGACGAGAAGAUUGCUAGGCUGGAUGGAUAUCGAAAUGUCUUUGGCACGAUUCUGCAACUGGAUUCCAAUAUCAGAAUCAUCGACAGCGAAGAAGAGCACUGUCUGGAUACGAAGCUGGCCUACGUGGCUGAUGCAUCGCUCAGUGAGCAGCGACAUCGUCAUCACCCUUGUCUUGAAAACACGCGGGUCCAAGUACUGCAAGAAGUCGAGCAAUGGGCCAGGACUUCAACAUCACAGAGCAUCUUCUGGUUGAGAGGAAUGGCCGGUCUGGGCAAAUCGACUGUGGCCAUCAGCUUGGCGGAACGGCUGAAGCAGGUGUCCCCAACUGUUGCUACCUUUUUCUUUCGACGAGGCUUCGGUGACCUUGGCAAUGCACGCAAGCUGCUGACGACACUCGUGCGACAACUCGCGUAUGUGUCGGCGCCAUAUCGCUGUCUCGUGGUCGCUGCCAUAAAAGCCGAACCUGAUCUGGGACGGUCACUCGAUCUGCGCGGCCAAUAUGAGAAACUCAUCGUCAGUCCGCUUGACGCGCUUCAGUCUGCCACAAAUCAGGUCUCUUCAUUCUUCCUUGUCAUUGACGCUCUCGAUGAAUGUGGACAAGAGCAACAAUCCUACCGCCUGAGCGAUCUCGAGCUUCUUCUACACCUGUUCGCUACCACCAAAAGCAUGUCUUCGCUCCCUCUCCGCAUUGUGGUCACCAGUCGACCAGAGUAUGCUAUCGAAAGAGGAUUUGAGUCCAUGCCUAGUAUAUUAUACCACGACCUGGACCUCUACCGUCGACCGCGACAAGAAGUUGACGCGGAUCUCACCACUUUCUUCAGACACGAACUGGAACAGGUUAGAUGUGAUCGUAAUAUAUCUCUGCCAUGGCCAUCCGAGCCCGAAGUCACCACACUAGUCAGCAAGGCUGCAGGAUUAUUCAUCUUCGCCGACACAGCGUGUCGGUAUAUUGCAGGUCCAAGUCAGGCGGAUUCGCGCGCCCGUCUCGAGAAAGUAUGCAGUUUCUCGUUUAACACUGAUCUUGGCACGCAGCCCCUGGACCGAAUGUACACUACAGUGCUCGAAAAUGCCUUUCUCGGUGAGUACACAUCUGAGGAGCAGAAGCGGAAUUCUCUCCGAUACAGGCGUGUUGUGGGCAGCAUUGUCCUAUUAUUCGCACCGUUACCAAUUGCUGAGUUGCACCGACUUCUGCAAUGUCCGGAACUUGGCAGCCCGGAUGAGAUCAGGCAAACCCUGCGGGAUCUACACGCUGUGAUUGAUGUGCCAAGAAACGCCUCGUCCUCCAUCGAGCCUCUGCAUUCGUCGUUCCGAGACUUCCUUCUCGAUGAACGACGAUGUAUCAAUGAGCGAUUCCGCAUUCAGGAGAAGCAAACCCAUCAACAGCUGGCUUCAGACUGUCUACGCUUACUGUCGUCUUCUCUGCUGAGAGACAUCUGCCAGUUGGCCUCACCAGCAACCAUGGUGAUCGAGAUUGAGCAGACUCGUAUCGAUCGCGCACUUCCUGCAGCGGUGCAAUACAGCUGUCGGUACUGGGAAACUCAUGUACGUGAAUGCGGGAAGAAGUCUAUACUGCUCGCAGACGAUGGCAUUGUCCAUAUGUUCCUGCAGAGCCAUUUCCUUCAUUGGCUCGAAGCGAUGAGUUUGCAGCAGAGGGUCUCUGAAGCUGUUCUUGCGAUGACGGAUCUGGCCAGUAUUGUGGAUGCCGCACAAGCACCAAAUCUGUUCAAGCUUGCUCACGACUUUUACCGCUUUCUCCUCGCAUUUCGUCACGUGGUCACCACUAUACCAAAACAGAUAUACGACAGUGCCCUUCUCUUCUCGCCUUCGCAAAGUAUUGUACGACGUAUUUUCGAGAAGGAUCUCCCAGACUCAAUCACAUUGAAGCCGCCGACAGCAGCAAAAUGGAGCAGCUGUCUGCAGACACUUGAGGGUCAUUCUGAGCCAAUCAUGACCAUGGUGUUCUCACCCAACAGCAGACUGGUAGCGUCUGGAUCAGAUGAUAAGACAGUCUGGCUGUGGGAUGUGGUGAAGGGUGAGAGUGUUGCCGAGCUCCAGGGUCAUUCUGAUACAGUCACAACUGUGGUGUUCUCACCUGAUGGCACGCUGGUGGCGUCUGGAUUAGAUGAUAAUACAGUCCAACUGUAG